CCGGGCAGUGCCUAGCGGGCCGGGCGGCGGCGCCCCGGCUGCGAGAGAGGGAGCGCGGGAGGAGCGCGGGGACGGCAGAAGAGCACCCCGCGACUCUGGCCUGAGCGGUGUCCCGGGGCCGGCCGGCCUGCCUCACCAUGCAGCCACCGAGGUAGAGCCUGGACGGCGCUGAGGAGCGCGGAGCGGCGCGCAGCCCGCUCGCCCGCCGGUGACGGCCGUCCGGCCUCGCGCCUGCCUGAUCUCUCCAGCCCGGACCCCCCCGAAAUAUGUUCAGGGGCGCUUGGAUGUGGCCCGGGAAAGACGCCGCCGCGCUGACUAUCUGCUGCUGCUGCUGCUGCUGGGCUCCCAGGCCGAGCGACAAACCUUGCGCUGACUCUGAGCGGGCGCAGCGAUGGCGACUGUCCCUGGCGUCCCUGCUCUUCUUCACCGUGCUGCUCGCUGACCAUCUGUGGCUGUGCGCGGGGGCCCGGCCCCGGGCGAGGGAGCUGAGCAGCGCCAUGCGGCCGCCCUGGGGGACCGGCCGGGAGCGGCAGCCGAUGCCUCCUCGCGCGGUGCUGCCCUUGCCGCCGCCGCCGCCGCCCGGCGAGCCCAGCGCGUCCCCGGGCACCUGCGGCCCCCAAUACAGCAACCUGACCAAAGCCACCCCCGCUGCCGGUCCCAGGCCGGACUGCGGUGGCGUCCCAGAGCCCACGGGGCUGGACGCAGCUUGCACCAAAUUGCAAUCUUUGCAGAGACUUUUUGAACCGACUACCCCGGCCCCCCCACUGCGGCCCCCUGACUCCCCUUCCCGUGCCCCGGCCGAGUUCCCCUCCGCCAAAAAAAACUUGCUCAAAGGCCACUUUCGGAACUUCACUCUCUCCUUUUGCGACACCUACACGGUCUGGGACUUGCUGCUGGGCAUGGACCGCCCCGACAGCCUGGACUGCAGCCUGGACACCUUGCUGGGGGACCUGCUGGCCGUGGUGGCCAGCCCGGGCUCCGGGGCCUGGGAGGUGUGUAACAACUGUAUCGAGGCGUACCAGCGGCUCGACCGACAUGCUCAGGAAAAAUAUGACGAGUUCGACCUCGUGCUGCAUAAAUACUUACAGGCAGAAGAGUACUCAAUCCGGUCCUGCACGAAAGGCUGUAAGGCUGUCUACAAGGCCUGGCUGUGCUCCGAAUACUUCAGCGUGACCCAGCAGGAAUGCCAGCGCUGGGUGCCCUGUAAGCAGUACUGUCUGGAAGUGCAGACCCGGUGCCCCUUUAUACUCCCCGACAACGAGGAAAUGGUGUACGGAGGGCUUCCUGGCUUUAUCUGUACAGGGUUGCUGGAUACUUCGCCAAAGCGGCCGGAAACCAAGUGCUGUGACGUGCAGUGGGUCUCCUGUGAGUCGGAGAAGAAGAAGUUCAAGGAGACUGAGGCCCCCAAAACCCACCACCAGCAAUUCCACCACUCCUAUUUCCACCACUACCACCAACAGUACCACCAUUUCCACCCCCGCCAUGACCCCCCCGGCCACAUCAGCCACAAGCCCUCCCUGCUGCCGGUCUCCGGGGGCUCCCGCCUCAGCCCCAGCAGGAUCCGGCUCUAUGUCCUUGUUCUCAUGCUCCUCCAUACCAUGGUGUCCUUCUCCAGCAGCCAGGGCGGUGGAGGACUGGGGCUGGAGGCACUGCCGGCCCUAGAUGAGGGCCUGACUCUGGAAGAGUGACAGCAGGAAGGGAGGACAGACCUCCACCGCACACUGACAUCAGCUCCAUCCCCCCAGGGGGAGGGGAGGGGCUCCUCCCAUGGGAGGUAUAGGACCAGGUGGGGGGCGGGGGAAAUGGGGGCCACACAUCACCCCCAACGUACCCCCACCCCAAAAGCAGCUCCAGCAGUAGGGCCAGAGGGCCCCAGGGAGCUGCAAAACUCAUCCAGGAGAACAAGGCAAGAGCAGCAGGUGCCCCCCACUCAGGUCCCGAUCUAUGGGGCUUAGCAAAAAAAGGGGGGGAGUGGGGGCUGGACAUAUCCACUCCUGCUGAGAGCCCUGACCCUAGGGAAGGAGGCUGCUCAACCAGCCUUGGCCCUGCAGGGAAUGUUGGGGGGCACAGAGGGGAGAAGCUCUUUUCCCCCUCCUCAUUCCUUUUGUUGCCACGAUCCUUAAUUCCCUCCUGCCCAUACCCCUAUAGGCAAUGGCAGACGGUGCAGUGGCCCUUCUCCUACUCCAGUGCACCUUGCCCCAUGUGGGGCCACCACAGGCAAGUGCCAGGCUGGGAGGUGAGGUGCAUACAGUCAUGGCUAGGUCGGGGCCCCGGUUAAGCUGUGCCCUGCCACCCUAGGCAAUGAGGGGUAGGAAUGGGGUACAGAAUGAGUGGUGAGAGAGAGUGGAGAUAGGGAAGAGGGAGAGGAGAGUAGGGGAGUGGAGGGGAGAGGAGAGGAGAAGAAAGGAGAGUAGAGAAGA